AUGCAUCAAAUCCCAUCGUGCUUCGCUGGCUUCGUUCACACAGCCUCCUUCACAACGUUCUGCCAGCUUACAAUCUCCGCUCCAGACAUCCGAUCGCCGGCGCCUGCGCCAGCGCCGGCUACUGACUUCUCCUUCUCUGGUCUCCCAAAUGUAAUUCUCAGAUACUUGGAUCGUGUGUUCAUCAUCAUCUCCAAGCCAAGGGGGUGUUUCAAAUUCAAUGAUGGAGUUCAUCUCAAUUGUAGUAAACCGAUAUGUAACACUUCUUCAAAACAUUUGAGUACUCUUAUUGUUUUGGGUUCAGGUGGACACACAGCAGAAAUGAUAAAUUUAUUAUCUGUUAUGCAAAAUGAUCGAUUUGCUCCAAGAUUUUACAUUGCUGCAGUAACCGAUAACAUGAGUCUUCAAAAAGCGCGUGUUUUUGAAAACACUUUGGCUGAUAAGAUAAGUUUGCAGGUGUCAGAGUCGACCAAAUUUAUGCAAAUCUAUCGAAGCCGUGAAGUAGGACAGUCAUAUAUUACCUCAAUCGGGACAACAUUAUUUGCUUUAUGUCAUGCUUUGUGGCUCAUGCUCAAAAUCAGACCUCAAGUGAUUCUAUGCAACGGUCCCGGUACUUGUAUUCCCUUAUGUGCCAUCGCGUUUAUUUUCAAGGUUUUGGGAAUUAGAUGGUCGUAUAUUUUCUAUGUGGAAAGUAUUGCAAGAGUGAAAAGACUAUCGCUUAGUGGUUUGCUUCUUUACAAAUUACACAUGGCUGAUCAGUUGUUUGUGCAAUGGCCACAAUUACAAAAGCAAUAUCCUCGAGCUCAUUAUGUGGGGCGACUUAUGUAACACAAUUUGUUUUAUGUAAGUGACUUAAUUCAUAAAGACAUUUAAGUGUAUACAGUGUUUAAAAUAGAGGUGUGUAUCACUAUAGACAUGUCUUAUUAUGAGUUUUUGUUUAUACGUAAACUUUGUGCUUUAUUUUUAGGCUAAUACAAAUACAUCGAAUACCAUGUUUGUUAAUUGUUUACGUGUAUAUGCAAGUUGGGCUAAAGGAAUGUCUGGUUGGAACGUUUGGAG